CAAAAAUGCCCUCCAGUUCAAAAUUUUUCUUCCCCGAGAAAAUUGAGAUUUUAAGCUUUCCAAUGAUGUAUCACACAUACAAUUUUGAAAGUUGGCCAAAUUGGGGGUCUCAGAGUGGAAUUUCAAGUCACCUGAGUGUUUUCCACUAUAUAUUAGGAGUGUACCACUUGAAAUUUGUGAAUGGUGUUACACUUGUGUAGCGCCUUUCCACCUUUUAAGGGCCUCAAAGCGCUUUACACUGUCUCCUCAUCAACCUACUGGUGACGCAGCACCAGGAGCGACGUGGGGUUCAGUAUCUUGCCCAAGGAUACUGAGACGAAUUCACCCGGAGGGAGAAUCGAACUCACAACCUCUGGGUUGGGGAACGACUACACUACCACUGAGCCCCAAAAUGUAGCCCACAAGGUUAUCAAUAUGUCACACCCCUACUUACAUGGGCAUUUCAUUCCCAAACAUGCUUUUCAUUAAGCCUUUUUUCCUCCAUAAAAUGACUGCGAUUUCAUUUUGUCCCACAGUAAAAACAAAAAACAUGUUAGCAACUAAUCUGAAACAUGUCAACAAAUCCCGCCUGACCGUUUUUUUUUUUUUCGCUUGUUGUUGUUGUCACAGGAAGUGACCAACAUUUUUCCAACACUGUUUAACACACGCACGAACACACUCUCCCCUUGCGCAUAUCUGCUUCUCCUCUGCUGUCACACACACACAUUGAGGGCGGCAGAUACGCAUGUGUGUGAUUUGGCUGCUGAAUUUUUAAAGCUGUUGUGGAACAUUGCGGGUCAGUGUGGCCGCGGCUUGUGUUACCAGCACCGAGCGGGCUUUCACACAUACGGAGAUUCUUCAUGGAGCUUCUGGCCCAAACGGUCUAAAUGGCAUGACCGUAGCAACAUGAGCAUCAAGAUCCAACGAGAAAAGGACGUCCUAAGACGACGGGAGAGCACUCCCGUCCACCCCGUGGAGCGUCCACCCCAGCGGAGGCACCCUCCGCUAGGCCAGUCGGCCUCCUACCACCCUGGGGUGAAGCCCCUCCGCUACCAGUCGCAGUGGAGUUCCGACUCGGACGACGACUCUCAGGCCGACUCGGACUGCGUCUACCGGGUGGUGUUGCUAGGCGACCAAGGCGUCGGCAAGAGCAGCCUCGCCGGAAUCUUCGCGGGGAUCAACGAGAAAGACGAACCUGGAGAAGACACGUAUGAAAGAACACUCACAGUCGACGGCAAGGAAGCCACACUAGUCGUCAUGGAUACGUGGACAAAUGAGAAAACGUGGCUCUCUCAGAAGGAAGACGGUGAUCCACACGACGAGGCUUGUCUGACGUGGGGCAGCGCGUACGUCAUCGUGUACGCGGUCAGCGACCGGCGCAGCUUCGACACGGCUGCCGAGCUUCGCGUCACGCUGAGACGGCGACGGCAGGCCGACGACGUUCCCAUCAUCCUCGUGGGCAACAAGAGCGACCUCGUGCGCUCCAGGGAGGUCGCCAUUGAAGAAGGCCGAGCGUGCGCGAUGGUAUUCGACUGCAAGUUCAUCGAGACGUCGGCGUCCCUGCAGCACAACGUGAGCGAGCUCUUCGAGGGCGUGGUGCGGCAGAUCCGCCUACGCCGCGGACGCCCGUCGCCCUGUCGGCGCCGGGAGAGCCUGGCCCAGAAGGCGCGGCGCUUCCUGGACCGCUUGGUGGCGCGCGACAACCGCCGGGUGGCCGUCAAAGUCCGAUCCAAGAGCUGCCACGACCUGGGGAGCCUCUGAGAGGUGGAGGGGAAAAAAGUAGAUGAAAACAAACUGACGUGGGCGUCAGACUUUUGAACCAAGGAGCGGCUUGACAAAGGACAAACAGACGUCGUCAUGUGCGAAAAUAGCAGACUUUUAAAAAGGUUUUUUUUUUUUUUUUACAACUUGAUGCCUGAAAUUACAUUUGACAAAUAUACAUAGCAAUACAAGUACUCCCCGAGUUACAACAUACCCAAUUUAUGCGAUUUCAACUGUACGACACCAGUUUCUAGUGCGCACCACAUACUAUCUAGUGCGCACCAGAUAGUUUCUAGUGAACACCCAAUAGUUUCUAGUGGGCACUGCAUAUUUUAGUGCCCACCACAUAUUAUUUGGUGCGCAGCAGACUGUUUCUCGUGUGCACCAGAUGGUUUCUGUUGCGCACCACAUACUAUCUGGUGCGCACCGGAUAGUUUUAGUGCACACCACAUACUAUCUGUUGCGCACCAGACUUUCUCGUGCACACCAUUUUUCUAAUGCACACCACAUACUGUCUUGUGCACCAGAUAGUUUCUAGUGCGCACCACAUACUGUCUGGUGACAGAUCGUUUUUAGUGCGCACCAAAUACUUUCUGGUGCUCACCAGAUAGUAUUGGUGCACACCACAUACUAUCUUGUGCGCACCUGACUUUCGCAUGCGCAUCAGAUCGUUUCUAGUGCGCACCACAUGCUAUCUACCGCGUAGCACAUAGUUUCUAGUUUGCACCACAUACUAUCUGGUUAGCGGUAGUUUCUAGUGCGCACUGCAUAUUUUAGUGCGGACCACAUACUAUUUGGUGCGCACCAGACUGUUUCACAUGCACACCAGAUCGUUUCUAGUGCGCACCACAUACUAUCUUGUGCUCACCAGAUAGUUUCUAAUGCGCACCACAUACUAUCUGGUGUGCAUCAGAGUUUUUAGUGCGCACCACAUACUAUCUAGUGCGCACCAGAUAGUUUCUAGUGAACACCCAAUAGUUUCUAGUGGGCACUGCAUAUUUUAGUGCCCACCACAUAUUAUUUGGUGCGCAGCAGACUGUUUCUCGUGCACACCAGAUAGUUUCUAGUGCGCAAUACUUACUAUCUUGUGCACAUCAGACAGUUUCUAGCGCCCACCACAUACUAUCUUGUGCGCACCAGAUAGUUUCUAGUGCGCACGACAUACUAUUUGGUGUGCAUCAGACAGUUUCUAGUGCACACCACAUACUGUCUGCUGCGCACCAGAUUUUCUCAUGCACACCACAUACUACGUUGGGCGCACCUGACUUUCUCCUGCACGCCAGAUAGUUUGUAGUGUGCACUACAUAAUAUCUUGUGCGCAUUAGAUAGUUUCUAGUGCGCACCACAUACUAUCUGGUGUGCACCAGACUGUUUCUCAUGCACACUAGUUUCUAGUGCGCACCACAUACUACAUGGUGAGCACCCGAUUGUUUUCUAGUGUGCACUGCAUAUUUUAGUGUAGACCACGUACUAUUUGGUGCGCAACAGACUGUUACUCAUGCACACCAGAUAGUUUCUAGUGUGCACCACAUACUAUCUUGUGUGCACCAGAUACUAUAUUGUCCACACCAGAUAGUUUCUAGUGCGCACCACAUACUAUCUGGUGCACACCGGAUAGUUUUCUAAUGCGCACCACAUACUAGCUGGUGUGGAUCAGACAAUUUCUAGCGCGCACCAGAUAAUUUCUAGUGAGCACCCAAUAGUUUCUAGUGGGCACUGCAUAUUUUAGUGCCCACCACAUAUUAUUUGGUGCGCAGCAGACUGUUUCUCGUGUGCACCAGAUGGUUUCUGUUGCACAUCACAUACUAUCUGGUGCGCACCGGAUAGUAUUAGUGCACACCACAUACUAUCUGUUGCGCACCAAACUUUCUCGUGCACACCAGUUUCUAGUGCACACCACAUACUAUCUUGUGCGCACCUGACUUUCGCAUGCGAAUCAGAUAGUUUCUAGUGCGCACCGCAUGCUAUCUGGUGCGCACCAAACAGUUUUUAGUGCGCACCACAUACUAUUUACCGCGCAGCACAUAGUUUCUAGUUCGCACCACAUACUAUCUUGUGUGCACCGGAUAGUUUCUAGUGCGCACCACAUACUUUCUGGUGUGCAUCAGUUUUUAGUGCGCACCACAUACUAUCUGGUGUUCACCAGACUUUCUCACGCACACCACAUACUACCUGGUGCGCACCUGACUGUUUCUCGUGCACACCAGAUAGUUUCUAGUGCGCACCACAUACUAUCUGGUGACAGAUCGUUUUUAGUACGCACCACAUACUAUCUGGUGCUCACCAGAUAGCAUUGGUGCACACCACAUACUAUCUUGUGCGCACCUGACUUUCACAUGCGCAUCAGAUAGUUUCUAGUGGGCACCACAUACUAUCUUGUGCGCACCUGACUUUCGCAUGCGCAUCAGAUAGUUUCUAGUGGGCACCACAUGCUAUCUGGUGCGCACCAGACAGUUUUUAGUGCGCACCACAUACUAUUUACCGCGCAGCACAUAGUUUCUAGUUCGCACCACAUACUAUCUUGUGUGCACCGGAUAGUUUCUAGUGCGCACCACAUACUAUCUGGUGUGCAUCAGACAGUUUUUAGUGCGCACCACAUACUAUCUGGUGUUCACCAGACUGUUUCUCACGCACACCACAUACUACCUGGUGCGCACCUGACUUUCUCGUGCACACCAGAUAGUUUUUAGUGCGCACCACAUACUAUUUACCGCGCAGCACAUAGUUUCUAGUUCGCACCACAUACUAUCUUGUGUACACCGGAUAGUUUCUAGUGCGCACCACAUACUAUCUGGUGUGCAUCAGACAGUUUUUAGUGAGCACCACAUACUAUCUGGUGUUCACCAGACUGUUUCUCACGAACACCACAUACUACCUGGUGCGCACCUGACUGUUUCUCGUGCACACCAGAUAGUUUCUAGUGCGCACCACAUACUAUCUGGUGACAGAUCGUUUUUAGUGCGCACCACAUACUAUCUGGUGCUCACCAGAUAGCAUUGGUGCACACCACAUACUAUCUUGUGCGCACCUGACUUUCACAUGCGCAUCAGAUAGUUUCUAGUGGGCACCACAUACUAUCUUGUGCGCACCUGACUUUCGCAUGCGCACCAGACAGUUUUUAGUGCGCACCACAUACUAUUUACCGCGCAGCACAUAGUUUCUAGUUCGCACCACAUACUAUCUUGUGUGCACCGGAUAGUUUCUAGUGCGCACCACAUACUAUCUGGUGCGCACCAAACAGUUUUUAGUGCGCACCACAUACUAUUUACCGCGCAGCACAUAGUUUCUAGUUCCCACCACAUACUAUCUUGUGCGCACCGGAUAGUUUGUAGUGCGCACCACAUACUAUCUGGUGUGCAUCAGACAGUUUUUAGUGUGCACCACAUACUAUCUGGUGUUCACCAGACUGUUUCUCACGCACACCACAUACUACCUGGUGCGCACCUGACUGUUUCUCGUGCACACCAGAUAGUUUCUAGUGCGCACCACAUACUAUCUGGUGACAGAUCGUUUUUAGUGCGCACCACAUACUAUCUGGUGCUCACCAGAUAGCAUUGGUGCACACCACAUACUAUCUUGUGCGCACCUGACUUUCACAUGCGCAUCAGAUAGUUUCUAGUGGGCACCACAUACUAUCUUGUGCGCACCAGACAGUUUUUAGUGUGCACCACAUGCUAUCUACUGCGUAGCACAUAGUUUCUAGUUCGUACCACAUACUAUCUGGUGAGCACCCGGUAGUUUCUAAUGCGCACUGCAUAUUUUAGUGCGGACCACAUACUACUUGUUGCACACCAGACUGUUUCUUAUGCACACCAGAUUGUUUCUAGUGCGCACCACAUACUAUCUUGUGCUCACCAGAUAGUUUCUAGUGCACACCACAUACUAUCUGGUAUGCAUCAGACAGUUUCUAGUGCACACCAGACUUUCUCAUGCACACCACAUACUACCUGCUGCGCACCUGACUGUUUCUCGUGCACACCAGAUAGUUUCUAGUGCGCACUACAUAAUAUCUUGUGCGCAUCAGAUAGUUUCUAGCAUGCACCAAAUACUAUCUGGUGUGCACCAGACUGUUUCUCAUGCACACUAGAUAGUUUCUAGUGUGCACCACAUACUAUAUGGUGAGCAUCCGAUUGUUUCUAGUGCGCACCGCUUAUAUUAGUGCAGACCACGUACUAUUUGGUGCGCACCAGACUAUUAGUUUUGCACAUUAGAUAGUUUUUCUAGUGCGCACCACAUACUAUAUGGUGAGCACCAGACUGUUUCUCAUGCACAAUAUAUAGCUUCUUGUGCGCACCACAUACUAUCUGUUGCACACAGGAUAGUUUCUAGUGCACACCACAUACUAUCUGGUGUGCAUCAGACAAUUUCUAACGUAUACCAGAUAGUUUCUAGUGCGCACCACAUACUAUCUGGUGUGCAUCAGACAAUUUCUAACGUGCACCAGAUAGUUUCAAGUGCGCACCACAUACUAUCUGGUGUGCAUCAGACAAUUUCUAACGUGCACCAGAUAGUUUCUAGUGCGCACCACAUACUAUGUGGUGAGCACCAGACUGUUUCUUAUGCACACUAGAUAGUUUCUAGUGCGCACCACAUACUAUCUGGUGCACACAGGAUAGUUUCUAGUGCACACCACAUACUAUCUGGUGUGCAUCAGACAAUUUCUAAUGUGCACCAGAUAGUUUCUAGUGUGCACCACAUACUAUCUGGUGUGCACCAGACUGUUUCUCAUGCACACUAGAUAGUUUCUAGUGCGCACCACAUACUAUAUAGUGAGCACCCGAUUGCUUCUAGUACGCACUGCAUAUUUUAGUGCAGACCACGUACUAUUUGGUGCGCACCAGACCGUUACUCAUGCACACCAGAUAGUUUCUACUGCGCACCACAUACUAUCUGGUGCACACCAGACAGUUUCUAGGGUGCACCGCAUACUAUGUGGUGCGCACCAGACUGUUUCUCAUGCACACCAGAUCAUUUCUAGCGCGCACCACAAACUAUAUGGUGAGCACCCGAUAGUUUAUACUGCGCACUGCAUAUUUCAGUGCGGACCACAUACUAUUUGUCUGGUGCACACCAGACUGUUUCUCGUGCACACCAAAUAGUUUCUAGUGCUCACCACAUACUAUCUUGUGCGCACCAGAUGGUUUCUAUUGGGCACCCCAUACUACCUAGUGCGCAUCAGAUAGUUUCUAGUGCGCAACGCACACUAUCUGGUGCACACCAGAUGGUUUAAAUUUAUUUUAUUUCUGUCCAUGUCCCUUCAGGGGCUCCGUACUGGUUAGAGUUAGUAGUUAGGAUUUAAACCAGGUUAACUACGGUUAUGGUUUCAAAUUGGCAUUCCCAACCAGGGUUAGGGUUUCGAGUUUCAAACAUGCUGUGUUUUUGUGUUGUCACGACGGCAGAAAAAGGGGACGGAAAAGAAAGCCGCACUUUUAUACUUUCUUUGAGCACAAACAUUCUCACGUGCACUCUUUUCGCACACUCCAAUAUACACAGAGUAGAUGGAUGACGAGUGUUGAACAUUGAUUUGUAAUGGAAAGAAUGCAAGACUGGACUCGACCCGGAUGACACACACACACUUGGACUGAGCCACAUGUAAACAUCCUCUGCUGCGGAGUUCCUAAUUUGUGCUAAAUUAACGCCUGCUGCCACUGACGGCGAUAGACGUCCAACCCAGUGUGGCUGGACAGUCAAAAUGGAUUGGACGUCUGUCGUCGCCAAAGGCACUGAAACAUGAUUAUUCGCGGUGUGGCUCCAUCUGCUGGCCACUUGCCUCAGUACUACUUCUACACUACAUUGUAAGACAUUUGAUAGUACUGACAAACGCAGGUUUGUUAAAUCCUUUUUAUUUGCGCCUUAAGGACAGUAAAUUCCUUUCUUCCGUCACUUGGAGACAUGUUGACGCUCGCCGUGUCAACGCUAGCAUGGAUGCACAUUUCACAAUAAAAAGAUUGGAAUGCG